ACGAACAAAGCGAGCGAGGGAGAAGAAAAUCCCUUACGGAAAUUAGGCAAGAUAGAAAAGGAUAGCGAAUAAAAUGAAACUGUGACUGGUUUUGAAUGACAGAGCGUCACAAUUCAGCACGCGGAAAAACAACCCCUUAGUAUUUUGGAUUUUUUGCGUACAUCGUGGUUUAUUUUCAGUAAAUCUAAUUGUAUUCAACAAUGGUUACAUGUUCUGUGAGUGAUUGUGGUGUUAAUAAUAGAAAUAAACCUGAAAAUUGCACAUUUCACAGAUUCCCUCUAUAGAUACUAUAAUAAGACGAAAGUGGUUGAAAUUUGUUGGAAGCGUUGGUUGGAAUCCAAAGAAGAACUUUACCAUUUGCAGCAAUUCGACUUAAGAAUGAAUGUAAACUUAAUAACUUAGGAAACGAAACUGUAAUGAACCAGUUAAAUAAAUAAAUAUGUGGGAACAUCUCAGACACGGCCAUCCGAGGCAGAGCUAUGGGUCAGACAGCUGAUAUAUCUAAGAUUGUUCUGUUUAACCCUUAAUCAAGCAAUGGUAGAAUAAGUGCCACCUCAACAUGGCAACAUUUUUUUCCAAAAAAAUAUAUGCUACUUGAACGCACCCGGUAGUUUUUUUUUUAUUUGACACUUAUGGAAAUAUUUUAUUGUUAGGUUGGUAAUUCUUUGAAAACAAAAGUGACAUUUAGCUGUUUUGGCGGAAACAAAAAAAUUGGCGCCAUAUUUGUAAGUUUUCAACACAGUUUCGCUGCAAUAUUUCGGAUAUAUCGAUAUUGUGACUUGAAAAAUUUCGGUAAGUACAUUAUGAUGCUUUAUUUACAAUCUUUAUAAUGUGUUUAUUGAUAGAAAACUUGUGAAUGACUAUUUCCAAUAAUCUAUCGAAUAUAAAAAUUGUUACAAAGUUGGUGGCUAAUAUACGACCAUUGUCCGAUUGUUGCCAAACCUGGUCGAAAUAUCACUACUAUUUUAUCUGUUUCUUGCCCCAAUUUAUUGAUAUUAUUUUAUGUAAUUUUACAGAUUGAGAAGAGAUGGCGUCAAGCAAACCCUUGUCUGAUACAGCGCUGCAAAGGAUAUUGGAAAAUUGGUCAGACAUUGACUCGGACGACGAAAUCGACAGUAAUAUAUUUGUACCUUCUCCACAAAACUCAUUUUUUGAACCAACUGAUGACAUAGUGGAACGUGGAUUAGAACGUAUUUUUAUGAAUUCUGAGGAGGUUGAAAGUCCUCCUACUCCCCCAGUGCCAGGUGAAAUAGAAAUACAUACAACAAACAGGUUAAAUUUGACCAUAUCUAAACCAGUCAGGAGCUAUGAAGAUUGGAAGAUGAAAAAAAAUACACAUAAAAUUCCUAAAUUUACAACCAAGUUUGGAUCAAAAAUUGCAUAUUCACAUAAAAGUCAACCAAUUGAAUUUUUCGACAAUAUGUUUCCAGAGCAGCUCAUAAAUACUAUCGUGACUGAGACCAAUCGUUACGCCACUCAAGAAAAGCACAUUUUCGAUCCAACUAAUCCAGCUGAAAUCAGAGCAUUUCUCGGCGUAAUGAUUAUGAUGGGCUUACAUCCACUGCCGGAUUAUGAGCUGUACUGGUCAACAGACCGAUUUUAUAAUAACCCCGAUAUUUCAGCGGCAUUCAGUUUGAAAAGAUUCAAGAAAAUACUUGAAAAUUUGCACCUGAACAACAACAGUACUGAAGCUCCCCGUGAUUCCGUGAAUUUUGAUAGGUUGCACAAGCUAAGGCCACUAAUAGAUAUACUGAAUAGAAUAUUUAUAGAACAGGCGGAAGAAUCAACAGUUUAUUCAGUGGACGAGUGCAUGGUGAAGUUCAAAGGGCGGUCUACAAUGAAGCAGUACAUGCCCAUGAAGCCAAUAAAACGUGGAUAUAAGGUAUGGGCUCGGUGUGAUGCAAAGACUGGCUAUUUAUACGCCUUCGAAAUUUAUACAGGAAAACAGGAAACUCUGGAUGAAGCUGGUCUUGGUUUUACGGUAGUGACGAAUUUAUGCCAGAAUGUGCCGCGAAACUCUUUAGUCACCUUCGAUAAUUUUUUUACGAGUUGCAAGUUGGUUGAUGUUCUGUAUGAAAAUGGAAUUUUUUCGAUUGGGACUGUCAGGAAGACUAGAAAAGGAUUACCAGAGUUCAUGAAAGAGAAACCUACAAACAAGAGAGAAAAACUUGCGAAAAAUGAGUUCGCGGCCUUGACUAGUGAGCCUAUAGUAGCUGUUAAGUGGCUAGAUACAAAGGAAGUUACUGUUCUUUCGUCUGCGCAUAAGUCAUCGGAAGUAACCACUGUAAAGCGAACACAAAAGGACGGCACGAAAAAGGAAGUAUUUUGCCCAAAGGCGAUAGCAGACUACACAUUAUAUAUGGGGGGCGUUGAUCAUUUUGAUCACUUUCGUUCGUCCUAUCCCACAGGAAGAAAGUCUCGGAAAUUCUGGAUGCGAUUAUUCUUCUUCAUGCUGGAUGCUGCAAUCAUAAACUCUUACAUAAUAUACCUAACAAAACACCCACAACGGGUUUCAAGUCAUCGCGAUUUCAGAUUGCGACUAGCGAGAGCACUGAUUGGAGAUUUUACAUGUAAAAAACAGAGGCAAAUUAUUUUUAAAAAUAAGAGAGGCGGCAAUUUUGGAGUGCCUGAUGAAAUUCGACUACAAAGUGUUGGAAUCCAUUUUCCGGAGGCGCAGGAUACUUACAAGCGGUGCAAGUUUUGCUCAACCAAAAAAGAAACAAAAAGGUCGAAUAUAAAAUGUUCGUGCUGUGGUGUAUCUCUAUGUACAAAAGGAUGCUUCAAAAAAUUUCACAUGGCACUUAACCCAGAAUCCUUAUAGAUACCAUAUAUGUAUUACUUACUGUCUAAAUAAAGUCUUCUUUUUAUUUUAAUUAUUUGA